AUGGCAGAGGCGACUAAACCGAAGAGAACGAGGACCAACGUUAAGCAGUCCAAGUUUGGCUGUUUCACCUGCAAGGCUCGGCGAAUCAAGUGCGAUGAGGGCAAGCCGGCUUGUCAACGUUGCCUGAUCUCGAAGCGAGAAUGCCAAGGGUAUCCCCGAGGUGCAUAUUCAGACUCGGAUAGCACUGCAUCGACAGCUCUAUCGCUUGUAUCCGCCUCUUCUUCGCCCUCAGACACCUCCCCGUCACAAUCACCCUCAGAAACAAUCAUCUCGACCCUGACAUCGCUCGCUUUCAACCCAUACUCCCUAUCGAGUCCCUUUGUCGACCUCGGCUGUACAGUUCUGGUCCAAAGUCCCCGUCGUGCAAGAAACAACGUCGAGCAUACAUUCUGGUCCCGCACCGUCCCCCAACUAGCCCAAUCCAUCCCAUCCGUGCGUGCCGCCAUCGAAGCGUUCGGCACAUCCUAUAGCGAAUACGUCCUCAGAGGCACUUCUACACGACCAGGCUUCGAAACAACAAAGCGAUACUCAAAGGCCUUGAGAUUGGUGCAGCAGGACCUUGCCACCCUGCCGAAUGGUCCUAUUCCAUGUGUCGUUGCCUGUAUUUUCCUUGGCUUUGUCGAAGCUUUGCAGCAGAGGCUUAACAAAGCCCUUGUGCAUCUCCAGGGUACUUUCUCUCUCAUGAUGUCACUGACCGAUAAGCAACUCCUUGCAGAGGUUGAUACCGAUAGUCUUGUGCUGCUCCUGAAAAAGCUUGACUUGCAUGUCGCUACAUACGCUGUGUCCCAUCCUCCAAACCUUCCCACGAAACCCUUCGUCAUGGGGGAUGUACUGCAGUUCUAUCCGCCAGAUGGGUCACUCUUCAAGAUUCUCCAUUCAAGUUAUCAUUUCACCGCCAAAGCCUUUCGGUACAAGUACACCAGUCGCCGAACAAUUCCACCCGAGCUUCUCAUAGAACAGGGCCGACAGCUCUCCAACUUGAAGCAGUGGCUCUCAAAAAACGAGGUCCCACCUACUGCAGACACCGGGUCCCACGAAUCGCUGAUCGUUCUCCGCUCCCAAUGCCUAGCAGCGCUGAUCAACACCGCCGCUAUACUCGAACCACGCGAGACUUCCUACGACUGCUAUGGCCCAGAGUUUGAGGAAAUCAUCAUGUCUAUAGGGGCCCUGUUAAUGAGCAAAUACCUCCAAGGCGCACCAAGACGCGAGACUCAAGACUGGCUGCCAUCUUUCGUGCCGGAAAUGGGCAUAAUACACCCGUUGUAUUUCACCGCAAAGAAAUACAGAAGUCCAUUCUGGCGUCGAAAGGCUUUGAGCCUCAUACUGGAGAGUGGAAAAGAAGGUCCAUGGUGUGCUGAGACGGAAGGCUCCCUGGUGGCGGCAAUAAUCAACGCUGAAGAAGGGACUUUUGACAAGGAGUCGCUUCGUUUGGCACAUACACUGGAUAAGAGUCCUGCUUGUAUACCAGAAGAGAGGAGAUUCAGCCACGUCUGGGCAAGUGACCCUGAGAGCGAAAAUGGCGAGUGCACGCAUAAUACGAGGAAGAGAUAUACGAAGACCAUGAUGUACAGAUGCCGUGACGUGGAAGCGUACAUGCGAGAUAGAAAAGGACAGAUCCCGAGGGGCAUUCCCUGGGUGGAUCCUGAGCUGUGUGAGAUUGAUACUGAAUGGUGGAUAGGACGGGAGGAGUCCUUGGAAAUAAUCUUUUCAGUUGGAGAAGGGCUCACAAGAUGA